AUGGCGGCGGCAGCCCGAGCGCUGCACACGCCUGUGCCAUCUGAAACCGGCGUUGUGCGCGGCAAGCAUCGUCUUUUGCUGCUGCAGCUGCAGCUGCAGCAUCUGGACGUGGUGCUGUCGCUGCAGCAGAGCCAGGGCUUUCUUGCCCGCAACCCGAUCCCGAUCAUCCGGCCCGCUGGAGACUAUGGAGAGUUCACGUCAUGA